GGAAGUUCACAACACAGUAGUGAAACUCGGAGGACAAGCUAACACAGCUGUCUAUGUUUGUUAGCUACAGUUAGCCUCUGACACUGGAGCUGUUCAGCCCGUUAUUGAUCAGUAGUUGAUUAUUAAGGCGGGCUACAGCGGCUACAGGAAGCGUUUGGCUAAGAUAAUGCUAAGUGCCCUGGCGUGUGGAGCUGCGGUGUUUCCAGGGCUCUUCUAUACCUUCAGGAAAGGACUAAAACACACUUUCACACACUGGAGUGAUGCCGACGUGGUUUCUGUCAGUGAAAGGCUGGUCUCAGCCAUCCACGCCUCUUUGGCUACAGCAGCUGGAGUCACAGUUGUGACGUCCUGCAGGGACACCAUGACUGACAGUCACUGGCUGGUCAAUAGCUUUGUUUUGUUCGGAGCUCCCUAUAUGGCCCAUGACAUCUAUGCCAUGUAUCUGAGCCACUACCACACUCAGAGGGUCAGAGGUCAUUCCGGGUCAUACAGCAGCCACUCUCUUCAGACAGUGAAGGCUUUCCUCAGCAAGGACUGGAUGCUGGUCCUCCAUCACAUGACGCUGCUGCUCAUUUUCACGCCCAUCACUCUGUUCUUCAGAAGAGGACUGGGUGAUUUCUUCGUCGGCUGCCUGUUCACCACAGAGUUCAGCACUCCUUUCGUGUCUAUAGGAAAGAUUCUCAUCCAGCUGGGCCUUGACAACACCAGGCUGCACAGAAUCAACGGCAUCAUUGUUCUCUUGAGUUUCUUCAUGUGUCGGAUCCUGGUCUUCCCCUUCAUGUACUGGAUGUACGGCAGGCAGUUUGGGAUUCCCCUGCACAAAGUGCCCUUCCACCUGCCUCUGCAGUGCAACGUGGGGAACCUGGUGAUCCUGGCUCCACAGAUCUACUGGUUUAUUUUGCUGCUGAGGAAAGCGAACAGACUCUACAUGCGACAGAAGAGAGGGUAGGGGGACAGAAGCAAAGACAAGCAGAGGACAUACUGAGUCCACCUGAUUAUAAAACAGCUGGGUUUCCACUAAGAAUAAAGAUACGACAGACUAUUAAAAAUAUACUAGGUUUCAAGAAUAAGUAAUAGGAGAAAAGGUUUGAACAUUUCUAGAAUGAAGUUGUACAUUUAAAGUUAAACAGCAUUAAUAAUUUGAGGGGGAAAGGUCUAACAUUUCAAAAUAAAGUAACGCGUCAUUUUUCUCUCGUCUGCUUUCUUGUAAAUGUGUCAAAAUAUUACUGUUUCUUAAUUUUGAUUUCUUCUGUAAAUUUUCAACUUUUAAUUGAAACAUUACUUGUCCUUAAUUCCAAUUACAUGACUUAUUUUUCAAAUGCUGUGACUUGAAAUAUUGACUGUAUCCUCAAAACACUUUUCCUCUGAAUUCCAUGAAUCAUACUGUAUUUUCAAAAUAGUUUAAUACAUAGCAAAUAGUUUGUUAAAUCACUCGUUUCUCCUCCCCCCCCUUAACUGUGCCCCUAAUAAAUGAUCAUAGACGGCUGAGUUCAGUGUUUGUCGUGCACUACAUCAUCAUAAUGUCAAUUUUGCUGUUGCUAUGUGACAAAACUCAAUAAAUUGAUUUAAUUAUG